UUCGCUCUUAUAAAAUUUUAUGGACAUUUAGAAAGAAACUAAAAAUGUACGGUCGAUCUAAUAUCGUCAUAUUUUUUGUGCUGUCUGUAGCAUGGCAAGUACAUGGCGCCGAUACAACAACCACUUCUGUAAUAACUACAGAAGCUGCGACUAAUGUUACGGCAACCACUGCCGCAGCGACAACUGACUCGGCAACUACUGCCGCGGCUACUACUGAAGAUGCAACUACUGCAGCAGCUACCACUGUCGCAGCAACUACGGAAGCGGCAACUACGAAUGCGGGAACUACAAUAACGACUACUGACGCGGCCACUACCGUUACAACGACUGACGCAGCAACAACUAUAACGACCACUGACGCGGCUACUACAGUUACAACGACUGACGCAGCAACAACUAUAACGACCACUGACGCAGCCACUACCGUUACAACGACUGACGCAGCAACAACUAUAACGACCACUGACGCAGCCACUACCGUUACAACGACUGACGCAGCAACAAUUGUUACCACGACCGACGCAGCAACUACUAUAACGACCACUGACGCAGCCACUACCGUUACAACGACUGACGCAGCAACAACUGUUACCACGACCGACGCAGCAACUACUAUAACGACCACUGACGCAGCCACUACCGUUACAACGACUGAUGCAGCAACAACUGUUACCACGACCGACGUACCAACUACUAUAACGACCACUGACGCAGCCACUACCGUUACAACGACUGAUGCAGCAACAACUGUUAUCACGACCGACGCACCAACUACUAUAACGACCACUGACGCAGCCACUACCGUUACAACGACUGACGCAGCAACAACUGUUACCACGACCGACGCAGCAACUACUAUAACAACCACUGACGCAGCCACCACCGUUACAACGACUGACGCAGCAACAACGGUUACUACGACCGAUGCACCAACUACUAUAACGACCACUGACGCAGCCACUACCGUUACAACGACUGACGCAGCAACAACUGUUACCACGACCGACGCACCAACUACUAUAACAACCACUGACGCAGCCACCACCGUUACAACGACUGACGCAGCAACAACUAUAACGACCACUGACGCAGCCACUACCGUUACAACGACUGACGCAGCAACAACUGUUACUACGACCGAUGCACCAACUACUAUAACGACCACUGACGCAGCCACCACCGUUACAACGACUGACGCAGCAACAACGGUUACCACGACCGACGCAGCAACUACUAUAACAACCACUGACGCAGCCACCACCGUUACAACGACUGACGCAGCAACAACUGUUACUACGACCGAUGCACCAACUACUAUAACGACCACUGACGCAGCCACUACCGUUACUACGACUGACGCAGCAACAACUAUUACCACGACCGACGCACCAACUACUAUAACGACCACUGACGCAGCCACCACCGUUACAACGACUGACGCAGCAACAACUGUUACUACGACCGAUGCACCAACUACUAUAACGACCACUGACGCAGCCACUACCGUUACUACGACUGACGCAGCAACAACUAUUACCACGACCGACGCACCAACUACUAUAACGACCACUGACGCGACCACAACUGUUACCACUACUGACGCGACAACUGUAACGACUACCGAUGCGACAACUGUUACAACUACUGCCGCACCAACUACUGUGACUACUACUACUGUGGCGACUACUGUUACUACUACCGACGCGACUACUGUCAUGGUUUGUACAGCAGCCGGGAGAUUCGCGAACACGGCUGAUGCAACAUGCCAGACAUAUUAUAUGUGUAUUUUACAAAAUGACGGAUCGUACAGACAAUAUGAGUACAUAUGUCCUAGUAUAUCCGUCUUUGAUCCAAAUAAAGCAGUGUGCACCACCACCUCUUAUACUUGCCCAACGGCUUAAUGUUAUUCGUUAUUGAAAAUUUGAGUUGCGUUUACACUGAAUAUAUUGGUAAGUACCGAACAGAACAGAAGAAUCCGGACGAAAGUGUCAGAUGAUUCCAUUAUUGAUAUUACGUAAAUCCAAUAGUAUGUAUAUUAUGGCAGUAAGUUCAUAGGAAGGCGUUUUAAUGCUAAUUUUUCUCUUUGGGAAAAGCAACAUAAAUCUGUUAUCUAAUAAUAUGUAAACUCUUAAUAAAUAUUUAAAAGUAAUGCAUUUUAAUUAAAACUUUUGA